GCAAUUUUUCUUUUUUUGUUGCUUCUGGCUCUAAUAAAGACGGGAUAAAAAAGACAGCGAGUAGAGAUUAUGACGAUACAAGGUUGAUAGUAAAAAGACUUGAUGCCACCAGCAAGGCGCCCAAAGACGCUAAAUUGGUUAAUCUCUCCUCUCCUCAUUUAGAAUUAUUGAGGCAAGUAAUAAUCCAGGAGGAGCAAGAACAAGCCAAGGAAAAAGUGUUGUUGACUGAAAGAAAAAAAGAAAGGAUGAAAAAAAUAAAAGAGCAUAACCAAAAAGCGGAAUAUGUGAUAGUUGAUAUUAAGGGAAAGUGA